ACAGACCCCCUCCCUUCCUCCACCCCUAAGGCUACCAGCACAAACAGCAGUCUGAUAUUUAUAUUUAAAACGACAUUUACUUCAUCUUCAUCCUGCUAAGUCACCUAUCCAUGCUUUUUGAGAAGCAUCUGAGAAAUAAGACAAGAUUUGUUUUUCAUCCUGUCGAGGACCAAAGCAAGGAAUCGUUCAUCAUCCUGUCGCUUGUGAAAUCGGGAAUCGCAGGAUUAUGAUGUUUUCUUGAAUGUCGUGGGAUAUUUGGGGAUGGGAUCUAUUCGCCCCUAGGAAACUGAAGACCUGCUUUGAAAAUAGCCUUGUACUGUUUUGAUCAAUAUUUUAGAAAACCGCGUAAAAAAUAAUAUCUUCUUGUAGGAUACAGAUAUAGAUCAAUUUAAAUAGACCUGAUUUGGAGAUCAACUCCAGUGCUUCAGUGUCUGGGCUGACUUUUAAUACGCGCACUCAGAUGGAAACCUGGACAUUGUAAAUCAUUGAUCACUUGAAACAGCAGAAUUAUAGGCUACAAAUAGACUAACAAACAUAUAGUUUAAGCUGACUCCCAGAUGUGAAAGUGUUCGAGGUUCCCUGGGCUUCCCUAAUCUAAGGGAUUAGUUGUAUUCAAUAUAACAGAAGAACAGUCUUCGGAGAGUCCAUCAUGCCCACCUCUCGGUCCGGGGCGUGCACGGUGGAAUAUUGGGUCGAUGGAUCGCGCCGAGAUGCGACAGUGGAGGAUUUCUAUAGCAUGGGCCCAGAAUUAGGCAGGGGUGCCACAUCUGUUGUGUUUCGCUGUGAAGAGAAGCAGACUGAGAAACAUUUUGCUGUGAAGGUCUUGAAGAAAACUAUUGACAAGAAAAUUGUGAGGACAGAGAUUGGAGUCCUGCUGCGUCUGUCUCAUCCAAAUAUUAUUCGUUUGAAGGAAAUUUUUGAGACAGAGACCGAGAUCUUUCUCAUCCUUGAGCUGGUCACAGGUGGAGAGCUCUUUGACAGGAUUGUGGAGAGGGGCUACUACAGCGAGCGAGAUGCAGCGCACGUUAUCAAACAGAUUCUGGAGGCUGUGGCGUACUUACACGAGAAUGGAGUUGUUCACAGAGACCUCAAACCAGAAAAUCUCCUUUAUGCUGACUUGUCAAUAGACGCACCUCUUAAGAUAGCGGACUUUGGCCUUUCUAAAAUAAUUGAUGAGCAAGUGACAAUGAAGACAGUAUGUGGUACCCCUGGCUACUGCGCUCCUGAGAUCCUGAGAGGAAACGCUUAUGGCCCUGAGGUCGACAUGUGGUCAGUGGGAGUCAUCCUUUAUAUUUUGCUGUGUGGGUUUGAACCAUUUUUCGAUCCAAGGGGGGACCAAUACAUGUACAGUCGCAUUCUGAAUUGUGAUUAUGAGUUUGUCUCCCCCUGGUGGGAUGAAGUCUCUCUCAAUGCAAAGGAUCUGGUAAGUAAGCUCAUUGUGCUGGACCCUCAUAAACGUCUCACAGUGAAACAAGCUCUGGAACACCCAUGGGUGCUUGGAAAAGCAGCACGAUUCUCCCACAUGGACACAACACAAAGAAAACUACAGGAAUUUAAUGCUCGGCGAAAAUUAAAGGCUGCUAUGAAAGCGGUGGUUGCCACAAGCCGCAUGCACGAGGGCUCACGGCGGCGGACGGACAGCUGCGAGAUGCCCAACACAGAAAAUACCUCGUGCCAGAACAGCAUACAGAAGGAAAACACGUUGGAUUCUCAAAGGGAGCCCAUUCCCAUUAAAGAGGGAUUCAAGCAGGUUGAGGAUGGAGCUCAGAGUCUCUCAAGUACCCCACUCCACCCUACCCAUAAAACUAAAUCUUCUGCCCUGUCUGGGCCCUUGCCCACUCGCCCACCCCUGAUAGCAGACGGACACAGGCAGACCUCUGUUAUACCGAAGGCUCCAGUGGUGCGGCCCAGGAUGCCCAAGAAGAGCUGCUCAGUGGAUCCUGGAGGCAAAUAUGAGCCUUUGCCAGUAAGCACCAACCCACCCAGUCCCAAGGACCUCAGUAAUGGUUUCUCCAUGAGUGUUGAGACAGGUGGCAAUACGGCAGAAUGUCCGUAGUAAUGAUAUAAAUGUUAGGAUUCUUACAGAAGACGGAGGGCCUUGUGCAAGGAAGAGCGCAGGAGAGAUGAUGCUUUACAAAUACACUGAGAAUUUCUUCUUCCCCUCCUCCAUUUUUUGCUAUGAUAUAUUUUGAUACAGGACUGACCUUGGAUGAGCUAUCUGUUUCUUAAAGCUCUUUAUAGAGGCAUGUGGCUUUCAUGACAACUUCAGGUUAGCGGCACAGUGGACAUUGUUUUUUUUUUCUCUCUCUCUUUCCACAAGCAUUGUAAAUAAGAUUGUCUCUUAUCUCUAAUGGUAGUGAGGAUCAUGUAUCUGUGAUGUUGUGAUAUUUGUUUAGGAAUGACUGAUGUGUGAAAUGGCUAACCCCAGUAUAUGUCUUUUGCCCCAUUUUAAUUCACAGAUUUUGUGUUAGCAAACUGCAAAAAAGCUUGAAAUGAUUUCUAAAAGCUCAGACUAAAGGAAGGAUAUGACAUCAUGCCACAAUCAAGAAUAAUGUUUUCCCUCUUCUUUGGCAGUUUAUCUUCCAUCAAAUCUAAUUGAUGUUAUUCAGGGUUACCAAACUGAUCUCAAAUUCCCUACUUUUCUAGUCAUGACGAAAUACAACAUCACGCUUCAGAUUCUGGGAAAGUUUUAGGGAAAAACACACCUAAACUGCCACUGUACUAUAAAUCUUCUCUAUGAGGUGGAAUUAACACAACUAUGCUUCAUCCAGGCUGCACCUCUUCUAAUGUACAUAAUGUACACUUCUAAUGUACAAUGUACACUUCCGGCUUUUCAAAUAGUACAUUCUUUAUUAUUCUACUCUUAGCAUGGAAGUUAAAUGUAUCUGCUUCUAUGAACAUGUAACAGCAUCACAAAAUAUUUCAGUAAAUAAUAGCUGCUUGUCAUUCUAUUUAUUUUUUAUUUAUUUUGAUCUUUGCCAAAAAAAGAAAGAAUGCCUUGUACAUGCUGACAUAAACAGUAGCCAGAUUAGAUCACUGGAACAUUAAGGCUAUGUAUGAAUAGUAAUACUUUGCAGUUAAGAUUAAUCAGUUAAUAAUGUGUUUUCAGUUGUAAGACAGUGUAGAUGCUUUUUAUCUAUGCUUUUUAUAUUUGAGCAGGAGUUUCCAUGUUUCCAAGAUUAAUAAAUUGAACUGAGUUUAUGCUUUUUUUGGUAUAGCUCAUUUAUGCUGACCUUCAGUACACAUUGACCAAUUGUUGAAGCAGCAGUUUAUUCUAUCAGUUGUCUACUUUAAUAAGGAGUCUAAGAAAGAGUAUUUAUUGUCCUCCAUAUUUUAUAGUAAUAUUAGUAAUAAUAUUAUUAUAGUAUAAUAAUUUUGUCCCUAAUUGUAAGAGAGAAAUGUAAAGUCCUUAAAACUGUUGUUACUUCUGAAUGUAUUUUCUUUUUUAAAAUAUUAAUGUAUGUCAGA